AUGGAAUUCGUUGGCAAGAAAUACAAGAUGGUCUCCUCCGAGAACUUCGAUGAGUUCAUGAAGACUAUCGGCGUCGGUCUCAUCACUCGUAAGGCCGCUAAUGCUGUUACUCCGACUGUGGAGCUUCGUCAGGAUGGGGACAACUUCGUCCUGGUGACGUCAUCCACCUUCAAGACCACGGAGAUGAAGUUCAAGCCCGGCGAGGAAUUUGAUGAGGAGCGCGCUGACGGUGCCAAGGUGAAGUCCGUUUGCACCUUCGAAGGGAACACCUUGAAACAGGUUCAGAAGGCCGCUGACGGGCUGGAGGUGACCUACGUCAGGGAAUUCGGCCCCGAAGAGAUGAAGGCUGUUAUGACAGCUAAGGAUGUAACUUGCACAAGAGUGUACAAGGUACAAUAA